AUGCCGCGGCUUUUGCCCAUCGCGAGCCGAGGCCAUGGACUUGCGACAUCGUCCUACUGGAGACAAGAGGCCGCCAGGUCGGCCGUCAUACCGGACGACCCGGCGGACACGAGGGCACCUGUGACGGGUACAACGGAACCGGCGGCUGCGCCCGAGGCCAAGCCUUUACGAAAAGCUCGAAAGACGGACAAGGAGACAGACAAGGAGUCCCAGUCUGCAAAGCGAAACAAAGAACGAACAAAAGAAAAGCCUCUGCCUGCGUCGACGCCAAAUCGUCGGUCUGGUGCGGGCAAAUCUCUCCAUCGGCCGCCCGAGCCCAACUCGAACGCGAAGGCGAAGGCGACGCAAAAGCCGGAAGAAUGGCAAGUCCAGAAAGCGGCCCUCAAGGAAAAGUUCCCGCAGGGCUGGAAGCCUCGGAAACGCUUGUCUCCGGAUGCCCUGGCGGGCAUACGGGCGCUCAACGCGCAGUUCCCGGACAUGUAUACGACGCGGGCGCUGGCGGACAAGUUUGAGGUGUCUGUGGAGGCGAUUCGGCGGAUUCUCAAGAGCAAGUGGACGCCGUCGGUGGACGAGGAGCAGCACCGGCAGGAGAGGUGGUUCAGGAGAGGGAUGCAGGUGUGGGAGCGCAAGGCGGCGGUUGGGGUGAAGCCGCCGCGGAAGUGGAGGAGGGAGGGAAUCGUGCGGGAUGUCUCGUGGCAUGAGAGGAGGAAGGAGGCGGCGAGGCGGGAGAUGCAGUGGGAGGAGGAGGAGAGGGCGGCUGAGAGGGCGAGGAGAAAUCACGAUGCUAGGGGGGGUUGUGUUGAUGAUGUUGGCCAGGAUGAGGAUGGGAGCGCAGCCGGCAGUGGCAGGUGGUAG